CACUACUUGGUUAUAGUGAAGAACAAGCCCAGCAAAUUAUCGUACGACCAAGAGCUCACUACUUUAAUCUGGCGUCAGGCGGAAACCACAUUGCGACAGUCGCAUUCGCCGACCAGGAAAGAUUCUCACGUCCACGAAGCAGACGAGCUUUUCACUUUCGGGCACUUGGGCUUGCUCCAUCAUGUCGAAAACAACAUGAGCGAAUGGCUGAUGGCUACAGAACAAAUGAAGCCGCUCGUCGAUGUCUAUCUUACAUUCGCGCUGAAAACACCUUGCCGAAUCCUCCAAACGACGCUAUGCAAUGAAAUUUUACAUCGACGUCCUGGCCGAGCUUUUAACAGUUAGCCAACAGUACAAUUCCUUCCUUUCUGACUUCCUCCCAAUGGCGGUUGAAUCCCCCGCCCUAGCAGAUGCCUUGGUCGCUUGGUCAUCGGGUCACCUCUCCGUCUAUGACAGCGCCUAUCAUAUAACCGCUCUAGAGGCACGAGCCGCCUCCCUUCGCGCACUCGCAAAAGCUUUAACUUCAGAGGAUAUUGCCAGUCGGGAGACGAAUUCCAGAAUAUAAAACGAGCGUUGGGGGUUCUGGAGUGGAUAUGGAAGCGUCGAGCUCAGGGAGGAGUGGGAAACAGUCAACUGGAUUGGCAGGAUAUCGUUGGUCAGCAGAGUGAUGAUCUUCUUUUGACAUAACAAGGUCUCUCCAAGCUAAGGGUCCAGUGAUUACAAUGAGGCACAUGGCCUAUGACCCGGUGUAUCUGUAGUGAGUUCAUAUAUUAUUGUAGAGUGUGCUGGGGGAAGCAUUUGAAUAC